AUGUCUCGAGCACUGCAGCCUGCUCAGGAUGUUGGCCGUCUUAUCAACCUGGUUCCUGUAGGCCUUAAAGAGGCAGCAAUCGAUUCUCCCACGGCACGAGCGAGCGUUAUACAUUAUGGGGAACAGUUGGAUUUGCUGGAACGGUGGCUCGAUGACUACAUGAAGGCGACAAAUCGACUCGUUGCCGAGUCUCUCACCCUCGAAAACGUUGUCAACAGCUUCAUCUCCCACUCUGUCCUUCCGACCACGGUUUCCGAGUCAAUGCUGGAUCAUGACUACUGCGUGUUGGCCAUGAAGAGAUAUGGUGAUGGGGCCAAAGACUACUGGAUGAGCAUGGUAGCUGUGGUCAAGCGACUUACCGCAAUUGUCGCAGAUCCUAUAAGGCAAUUCCUGGCGAACGACCUAAAGGCAUUCAAAGAUGCGCGGCGAGCUGUAGAGGCCUCACAAAAGACAUUUGAACAUCUACAAUCAAAGUAUGCAGGACUUGGAAAGACCAAAGAGCCGUCAUCGAUAAGAGAGGACGCUUUUCAACUACACGAGGCUCGGAAACUAUACCUGAAAGCCAUGAUGGACUUUUUCAGCCUAGCGCCACAAUUCAGAUUCGCUUUGGACAAAUUGCUGGUCAAGUUGUUUUUCGAGCAGUGGCGCGAGAUGAGAGUAUCCAGGGACAACACCGUUGCGACACUCCAGCGGAGCUCAGACGAGAUGCAAAGAGUGAAAGGCUGGCUGAACGAGAUGGAGACCAGUGAGAAAACAUUUCGAAAAGAGUUGCUGGAGGCUAAAAAGCAGCUGGAAGACACGGCAGAAUUCACGACUCGACCCUCGAGAGAGCUGGACGAUUACAGCCAGUCCACCAUCCCACAGUUUGCCAGCCACGGUCAGUCAGCAAACGGUUCCGCCUUACAGCACUCUCCCAAGAAGGCUGUUCAACAAUCUGGGGAGAAACAGGGUUGGCUAUUCCUUCGAACUUACAGCGGCAAGCCUACGAGGACGCUUUGGAUUCGAAGAUGGGCAUUCAUCCGCAAUGGCGUCUUUGGUUGGCUGUUACAGAGUACUAGAGCUGGUGGAGUUGAAGAGAGUGAACGCAUUGGUGUCUUACUCUGUAACGUUCGUCCAGCUCCAAAUGAAGAACGCCGUUUUUGCUUCGAACUCAAGACCAACAAGAACACUAUCUUGCUACAGGCCGAGACUCAAACAGAAUUGGUAGAAUGGAUUGCAGCGUUUGAGGCCGCAAAGUCGAAAGCUGUCCAGGAUCCUGAUGCUGCACAAAAUCUGAGUGGCGGCGGAAACAUCCAGACGGGGGCGGCGUUUGCAAUCUCUGCCCCUCCCAUCCCUGAAUUUGGGACAUAUAUGUUAGGUUCGACUGAGCCUGGUGCCGGGGGAGACGAUAUUGCAGCUCUCGAGAAGACGAAUACGUUACCGCUUCCAGGAAUGGAUGGGCGCGAGACAAGUGUAGACUUACCGCGCCGUUCAACUGCAAUGGAAGAAAGUGGUCACCGCGAAACUGCAUCGCGUAUCAUCUCGAAGCUAGACCUUCAUCGCAAAAGCGCCGCUUCACCGCAGGUAUCGGCCAGCCCGUCCACUCCAAACUUAGCUGCUGGUGGAGGCAUAGCGAGCUUGAUCGCAGCGAGUCACGGUUCAAUGCCUGUUGGCCCCGGCAUUAGCAUGGUACAAAAUCCGGAAAUAGAUUCGAAACCGCGAAACACGUUUACAUUGGCGCUCCGAGACAUGCCCGCGAGCACAUUGGCCCCUUCGACGUUAGCCGCAGUCCCAUCACCCACGAACUUCAGUAGAUCCGCUGUGAUCAUCACUGGGGAACGCGGGCUUAGCCCUGCCCCAGAGAAGAGCGGCAUUCCGACAAGCUUACUAGCGAAUCUGUGGGGGGCGUCAAAUACUGCGGUUGUCAAUCGACUAGAACGAAGCGAGCCGAGAAUAGCUUCCGAUGUGAAGAUUUCUUCGCAGCAGACACCAGUUCUUCAGCCAAGUUCUUCGCCGCCCAAGCCAUCUUCAUCGCCACCACGUCUUAUCCCUCAGCAAGCCAUCGCGCACCUGGACCUGGGUAUUCCCCAGUCUACGACUCCCAUUGCAGGUAGAAGCCGUACGCCCUCGCCAAGCAAGCGAGGCCAUAGAAGUACCAUAAGUGUGGACCGAGACACGUUCAGGACGCUGCGGAGGGAGCUUCUUGUCCCAGAUUUCCCGAACUAUUAUCCUCUUCAGCUCAAAUCUCAGGACGCGCAGUUUAGACUUCUCUUCCCCAAUGUACGACGGGACGAGCGUCUUGUCAUGGUGUUCAGAGCCACGUGGAAUCCAAGUGAACAACAGGAAUUUCCCGGCCGUGUCUAUGUCACCUCGAGGGAUCUGUACUUCUACAGCAACCACAUGGGUCUCGUCUUGACUACCAGUCUGCCUCUUGCUUCCAUCGAGGAAGCAACUGCCGCUCCAGGCAGAGACUGUGAUUUUAUCUUUAUGCAUCUAAAAGAUGCAGGAGCCGAUGGUGGUCCCCGGAGAGUGACCAUGAAGACUUUCUUAGAGCCAUUGAAACUACUCCAACGACGACUAAACUAUUUGAUCAAGAACAGCGUGUCUGAGGAACCUUCAGAGUUGGAAGAGGUAAUCAAAGCGCUUCUCAGACUUGAAACUGACGCGCCAGAUCGAAGUCCAAGUCUCGAGAGCUGGGAAGAUGUAUCACCAAAUACGCCAGUAGACACCGGUGGGACGAGUUACCGCGGCCGUGCAUCUAUAAGUGGAAAUGAAUUUCGAUCGCCCAUCCGUGUUGACAGAGCUCUACACCAGACUCAACUCGGGCGAAGAGAGUCCAAAUUCAAAUUGCCGGCUCAGCCAGUCAAAUACGUCCCUACAGGGAACCUGAAGCUUACGGUCGAGAAAGAGUUCGAUAUAAGUGCGAAAGCAUUAUUUCAUGUCAUGUUCGGAGACAAGAGUGCUCUAUGGCAAUUGUUACAGCACGAACGUCGAGCAAAGAAUCUCAGUCAGGGACCUUGGCUGAGCUUGGGUGAAGGCCGCCUUCGCCGAGAAUUUGCCUUCGAUAUUCCAACCACGAACCUCAUUGGUCAGGAAACUUGGUCAAACGUCCGAGAUUAUCAAGUUGUCGAUGUCAACAGUGACCAUUUGUGCUAUGUGGUGACUGACAAGCGAACACCAUGGCAUUUACCUUUCCGGAGUAAGCACCGCCUCCUCAGCAAAAUCGUCAUCACCCAUGUCGCCAAGGCCAAGUGUAAGCUCGCCGUGUUCACCAAAGUUGAAUGGUUGAGCAAUCCAUGGCUUCUGGGACAAAUGAUAGAGCGGCAAGCUAUGUCUGACUUGCAGCUGGAUUCUUUCGAUCUUGCAGAUCUUGUUGCAGACCAGGUGCGCAAACUUGGACCGCAUAGCCGCACGAAGAAAGCCGUCCACAUCUUUGGUCAAGUCGGUCAUGCCACUGAAACUACACAGUUGCUUGUUAAUGACUUGGCUCUGAAUAUCGAGCUCAGACGACAGGCUGGUCCCAGGUCGAUUACGAGCCUGUUAGUGCAAUCUGCGUCGUCAGUAGCCCAAAGUGCGGCUGGCACGAUCCUGGAGGCGUUCUUCGAUGUUUUGAGGUGGUUGGCGAAGACUUUCUCUGCCAACAAGUUCAUACUGAUCGCUCUGGCCUUCAGCGCUCUAUACAACAGCUGGCACACCUACCGCGAUACAAUGGAAUGGUGGCGUGAGAGUCGCGCCACUAAUUUCAUGGCCCGACUCGGUGUCUCUCCGGACGUUGCCAUGAGCCGAGCUGUCUAUCUGAGCGAUCUGGACGAAAUUUCUCGCCGUGAUGCGCACUUGCCACCUCGCGAGUCGAACGCCUGCUAUAGCGUGUUCCAUGACGAACAUGACCCAGAGUAUGUCCAUACGUCUAUCAGUGAGCCUGGAACUCUUCAGGUCCAGCAGGCCCGGAAGCGUCUAGGGACUUAUAGACAUGACCUAGCCGUCGGUAUCCGCGUGGUUAACGGGAUCGAGAAGGAACUCAUGCAAGCCGCGUGGGAGCAGUGGGUGGUGGACGAGAACCAACGGUGCCGCGUUGUCGAGGGCCUAGUGCUUGAUAAUUCGAGCGCGAAUGCAACGGACGUGGACGACGACGUGAGGAGAUGGUAUGAUGAGUAUUGCGCGAGUUGUCGAGAUGAAUAUGCAAAGAUACGUGUCUGA